AUGAUUUUCCAAAAGUCUGACCGCAACGAGGACGGAGACGCGGAUUUAAGAGACUCCAGUGAGGAGGACGCCAGGUUCAUUCAGUUCGAAAAUGAGCCGGCUUCUGCGCCGAGACCCGCCAGGCGACGGACCUUUGGCUCGAUGUUUUUGCUGUCGCUGUCGAACCUGAUCUCGCUGUCGGCUUUGCUGUUUCUGCUUGUCACACGCGAUGGCCCAAAGCCUUGCGUGAUGGAUAAACAUCCGCAAUGGAUGGCGCCCGAGAUCCCGGUGACCAAGGUCCUCGAGGGUGAGGAGAUGUAUACGCGCCCGCCGGAUAAAGACGAGUUGAAGGCCUGGGACCACAUCAUGCCGUUAGGCAGAGGCCUUGUCAUGGUCAACAAAACCGGCCUCCCUGAUAUGCCAGGUCUGAACAAGUCCUCUGCCCGUGGCACGUCAGGUUGGACCGGCAUCGCGCACCAACUGCACUGUCUUUACUCUACCAAGCAUGCCUUCUACGAUCUCUACUACAACCGCACCGGCGAUAAGACAGAGCCUCUUUUCGGCGUCGGCUGGCAGCUCGAGCACCUUAACCACUGCUGGGACUAUGUGCGGCAGACCAUCAUGUGCCACCCCGAUUUAUCAGUCGAGUGGCGGGGUGAACAAGAGGGGACGGGCUGGGGGUAUCAGCGACAGUGUAAAGACUGGGGUCCGAUUUACGACUGGCUCGAGAAGCACCGGAUUACAAAUGAUCGGGGUAUCUUGGCUCUUGGGUAUGAGAGAAGGCCGUUAGAUACGAGUAUCGUGUCCGGAGUCUGGACGAGUGAGGAUCUGAAAGGCAUUGAUGUGUAG